AUGUCUAGAAACUACAGCAGCCAGUCCGACAGCCCCAACAGCGGGGGGCCCAUCAAGAGCAAACCCAGCGAGAAGAUCGACUCCUCGGGCAAAAAUAAUGAGAAAAACGAGAUGGUUGGACUGAAUGACAAGUUCGUCAAGUUGAUUGAAAGGGUGAAGGACCUGGAGGAUGAGAACAGAAAACUUGAUAAAAAGCUGGAGAUCCUCAAAGGGCAGGAUGACUACGAUGGUAACUUGGAUGCUCUUGUAAGGAAGGAAGAGAAUGACCUGCAGCAGAAGAUCGAAAAUUUGAAAAACGACCAGGAAAAUUUAAAAGAACAGCUUGAACACAUUUCGCAACAGGUGGACGACGCCAAGGAAAGUUAUGAGAAUGAAUUGGCAAAGAGAGCUGAGGCAGAGAAUGACUUUAUCAUAGCUAAGAGGGAGGUGGACCAAAGCCAUCUGGACCUGGUAGAAGAUGUUCUGGAGCUGGAGGAUCAGACAAGAAAGCUAGAGUUCCUCAGGAAUGGAUUUGAUGAGGAGAUCAAGGAGCUGGAGUCCAUGAUAAAGAAUGAGGUGGUAACCCUUCCAAGCUCCGAAAAACGGUCCUUGGACAUGGACCAGUACAUCAAGUCUGUUGAGGCUCAGUAUGCCAGUUAUGCCGCUACUGCCAGGCAGGAGGCAGAAUACUGGCACCAAAAAAAAAUGGAUGACUUGGCACAAAGGGCAGGAGAGAAGGAGCAGGAAGUGCGUGACAUAAAGAGAGAUAUCGCUGACAUCUUGCGUAAAAUCCAGAAGGCUAAGUCUGACCUUGAAGCUUUGAAAAGAAAGGAAGAUUCCUUGAGCAAGGAAAUAGAUGACAGCAGAAAAAGUGGUGAUGAAAACAUUGAGACUGCCAGGAGGACCAUCAAGGAGCUAGAAGAUGCCUUGAAGAAUAAUAAGCAGGAGCUGGCCAGGCAGAUCCAUGAAUACCAGAAACUGCUGAACGACAAACUGGCCCUCGACAUCGAGAUCGCCACCUAUCGCGAGCUUCUGAGGGGCGAAGAAGACAGAAUGAAAAAACUUCACUCAGACGUUCACCAGCCAGAGAGGAAACACCUGCAAGAGGAAAAAAAACACCCGCGAGAGAAUCACCUGCAGGAGAGGAAACAACAGUCAGAGAAAAAGCAAGAGAAGAAGGAAAAAGAGCUUCAAGCAGCUCCUCCAUCUGGGGGGUUCGCCAUCCAGACUCCAGCCAACCCACCUCCCUCUCCCUCCAAGAAGCGCCUGCUGAUCCGACUGCAGGUGGAAUCUGGGAGGGUUGUCUCCGAAACCACUCAGUACACCGACUGAUUGUCUGACACCUCCUCUAGCAUUACAACAUAUCCGCAAAAUGUGAAUUUUUUAAAUUUUAAAUUACAAUCAAUUCAAUUAUUUAAACCUCUUGAUAAAAUUAAGAAGCAAUAAUCUCUCUUGCGUGCUUCCUGGUAGAGUGAACGUCUUGGUGCAGCUUGAUGGCAGGUUGAAUGUUCUCCUUCAAUCUGUUGUUUCACAUUAAAUUGUGUUUUUGGAAAAGUUUUCUUAUCUUUGUUGGGAUGUGCAAUGCCUAUGGUGCUCCAGAGUUUUCUAUCAUCUUCUAAAAAUUGAGAAGCUAUACACUAAGUUUUUCAUAUUGUGUGAAAAAAAUUCUAGUGUUAAGGUUUUUUUUUGUUUAUUUCUGUUAAGUUUCAUGAUGACAGAAGUUAAAGUUUCGAGCAUGUAGGAAUGGUUUGUUGUUUAUUGAUUCCCAUCUUUUCGAUAUAAAUCAGAUCAUGCCGAUAAAACAAAAAGGAAAGGUUAUCUGAAUUGGAUGCUUUGUGUGUUGCAGUAUUGCAAUGCUGCAAGCCUGAAAUCCUCUGUUGGCUUCUGUGCUUAUUGCAUUCUUCUUCUUUUUCUUUCUUUUUUUUUUUUUUUUACCUCAAACCUUCCAAACAGUUCACUGUUAUCCAGGGAUUUCACUGUUAACCAGUGAUUCAUACUUAUAAAUGAA